AUGUCAAAUGAUGUGGAAAAUCCUAAAGAUGGGAAUGCUACUAAGGGGUCGGAUGUUCCAUCCAUUUCCCCGGAGCUCGAAUCGACGUGGUAUAGUAGCUUGCUCCAGCACAUCUCAAUCUAUGGUAUAGCUGCGGGUUAUUGCAUUUCAGCUUCAUUGCUUUCGAUCAUCAAUAAAUGGGCUGUCAUGAGAUUUCCUUACCCAGGAGCUCUAACAGCUUUACAGUACUUAACGAGUUCUGCCGGAGUGCUAAUUUGUGGGUGGCUUAAGAUAAUAGAGCAUGAUAAGCUUGAUCUUGUUACAAUGUGGCGGUUCCUGCCUGCUGCAAUUAUAUUCUAUAUGUCACUAUUUACAAACAGCGAGCUCCUCCUCCAUGCCAAUGUUGAUACGUUCAUCGUCUUCCGUUCGGUGGUCCCUGUAUUUGUUGCAAUAGGAGAGACCCUAUAUUUGCACCAGCCUUGGCCAGCAUUGAAGACAUGGUUGUCGCUUGGUACUAUAUUUGCUGGUAGUGUGCUUUAUGUCAUAACAGAUUAUCAGUUCACUCUCAUGGCUUAUAGUUGGGCUUUGGCUUACUUGGUGAGCAUGUCCAUAGAUUUUGUUUACAUCAAGCAUGUAGUUAUGACUAUUGGUUUAAAUACAUGGGGUCUUGUGCUGUACAAUAAUCUUGAGGCUUUGCUGUUAUUUCCUCUGGAGUUGCUUAUAAUGGGAGAGUUGAAGAAGAUAGAGCAUGAUAUCUCAGAUGAAUCAGAAUGGCAUUCCUUUCAGGUUGUCUUGCCAGUAGGGCUGUCAUGCUUGUUUGGUUUAGCUAUAUCUUUCUUUGGAUUCUCUUGCCGUAGAGCAAUUUCAGCUACGGGAUUCACUGUUCUUGGAAUAGUGAACAAGCUUCUGACAGUUGUGAUAAAUCUAGUAAUUUGGGACAAACACUCAACUUUUGUGGGAACAGUUGGACUCUUGAUUUGCAUGAUUGGUGGUAUCAUGUAUCAGCAAUCUACAAGCAACGGACCUAACCCGGUGAAAGAAGUAAAUGCUCAAGAGAAUGAAGAAGAACAGAACCUGCUUGAAAUGCAAAACGUUACAGAGAGCAGUGCCAACGAGAAGCGAGUUACAGAAUCACGAGAAGGAAAUAAAUAA